AGUGGUGUUUAUAUAGAAGUACUACAUGAAUAAUAAGAAAUAUAAUCUAAAUACAAAGUGUCAUUUUGUUAUUAGCAGUAAAACGUUUUAUUAAACAAAGAAAAAUAUUUUUAAAUGUUUUCCAGUAAACAGUCAGAAUGUUGACUUUUUCACAACUUAUUACAUUUAAACACCAUUAGGAAUGUUGAUUUAAAAAUACCGUCCUAUUACACUUUUGCAGAAAUGUUGGCAAAGGCACUUUUUAUUAAACUGAAAGUGCUGAUUUAAUUUUUAGAAACGAAAUGUUAACCAUUGGCAGAAAUAUUUAUUUUUUUAGACAGUUUUCUAAAGCACCAGCCGAAACACUGAAUUUUAAGGCAACUUCUUAUCAAUAUAAAUCAGCAAAAUAUGUUGAUUUAAAGACAUUUUUAAUUAAAUCUCUUUUACAUGGUGGAAAGUUAAAAAAUCCUUUUAAAUAGCCUCAGAAAACUGGAGGGGACUAGUUGGCAUUCCACAGCAUGUAACAAUGUAUAGGGUUUGGAACGUUGAGACUCUGGAAAGACCCGAUUGGCUGAAGGCACGCCCUCUCCCCCCGCUCCUGAGCCUUUCUUCUCCCUGUGUGUGCAGGCGAGCUCCCCCUAGCGCUGAGAGGUGGGAAGCGCGGAGGCCGGUCGGCCAUGCAAAUCAGGUCCUCGGAGCUGCUUGGUGAUUGGCUGUGGCGGAGCAGUGUUUGCUCACCGCUGUCCUUAGUCUCGAGACUGGGGAGUGCUCCAGUCUCCAGCAGCAGCCGCCGCAGCAGCCCUGCAAUUGAGGAGUAGAAACCUGGCUUCUAAUUGUUUUGUUGUUGUUUUUAGUUUGCUUUCUUGGUGGCUGUUGCCUUGACUAAGUGGGGCACGAUGACUGUCAAACGGGUGGACCAAGGGCAGCAUUACAGGCCAAGAAUGGCAUUCCUGAAAAAGAUUGAAGCCCUCCUCAUGGAGAUGCAGAAUCCAGACACUGGCAUCAAAAUGCACACUCAGAGGGUGAUGAUCACAAAUAUCCCACAUGCUAUGACAGGUAGUGAUAUACUGCAGUGGAUUAUCCAGCAUCUGAAAAUCACUGAGGAAGAGGCACUCAACUUGGGGAAUCUAAUUGUCAAGUAUGGAUACAUCUACCCUCUGCAGGAGCCGAAAAACCUCACCCUCAAAACAGAUAGCAGCCUCUACAGAUUUCAGACACCCUAUUUCUGGCCCACCCAGCAGUGGGCAGCAGAUGAUACCGACUAUGCAAUCUACCUAGCCAAGAAAAAUAUUAAGAGGAAAGGGAUUCUGGAAGAGUAUGAAAAGGAACAUUACAACUUGUUAAAUAAAAAAAUAAACUACAAAUGGGAUUUUGUUGUUAUGCAGGCCAAAGAGCAGUAUAGGACAGGAAAGGAACGGAAAAAGGCAGACAGGUACGCGCUGGAUUGUCAGGAGAAAGCCUAUUGGCUAGUGCAUCGAGCACCUCCGGGCAUGCAAGACGUCCUAGACUAUGGACUAGACCGAGUAACCGAUCCAAAUGAAAAUAAGAAAAAAACCAUUGAUGUUUACAGAAGAGAGAUCAUGUACUGUCAGCAGGUCCUCAUGAAGUCCACAGUGAAGUCUUCCGUCUCCCUUGGAGGGCUUGUGAAAUACUGUGAACAGUUCCUCUCCAAUGAUCCCAUCAUGUCUGGAUGCCUCCCCAGCAACCCCUGGAUAACAGAUGACACUGAGUUCUGGGAGCUCAAUGCAAAGCUAGUGGAAAUCCCUACCAAGAUGCGCGUGGAGCGAUGGGCCUUUAAUUUUAACGAGCUGAUGAGGGACCCGAAAGGCCGCCAGAACUUCCAGCUGUUCCUGAAGAAAGAAUUCAGUGGAGAGAACCUGGGGUUCUGGGAAGCCUGUGAGGACCUGAAGUAUGGAGACCAAUCCAAGGUCAAAGAAAAAGCAGAAGAAAUUUACAAACUCUUCCUGGCUCCAGGGGCAAGGCGCUGGAUUAACAUUGAUGGCACAACGAUGGGCAUCACAGUCAAAGGUCUCAAGCACCCUCACCGCUAUGUUUUAGAUGCUGCUCAGACUCAUAUUUAUAUGCUCAUGAAAAAGUUCCAGUUUCCCAUUCGCACGCCGUCACCUUCGCUCCAGCCCCAGCCCCGUCAUCCUGAGGCAGCAGGAAGAAGAGGCCAAGGCCAAAGAAGCAGCAACAAACGUGGACAUUACCCAGGUUAUGAGCAGGCUGGAUCGUAGGAGCCAGCUCAAGCAGGAGCCUCCUAAGUAGGCUCCAGAUCCUUGUCUAGGGCACAAAGCAGGGGAAAGACAAGACAAGGGGCUGCUGGCAAGGCCGGUGCUGAGAUUCCUGCCCCCCACCUGCAGGUGUCAGUGCUGCUUUACCUUUCCAGACCCCGUUCUCUCUGCAGCCUGGUUCCUGCAGGUUGCCAUGGCAUCUGUAGCGGCAGAUGUCACGUCACAGCACGGAAAUGCUGCUAGAGUCCGAAAGCCGGCUGUGUCCGAAUCUCAUUGUGGGUCCCGUGCAAUGGGCUCUUUUUACAAGUCAGGGAAGGGAUGUUUUGUAACUGCCCCAAACCCUGCCCAGGAGGAUCCAAAACUCCAUCUGGGUCUCUCUGCCUCUUAAAUCCCUGCCCACGACCCAGAGAACUCGGAUAGUGAUUCAGUUAUGACGCACAAGGCAGCGUAGAACGCAGCUCCUUCGCCUGUCCCCGUCCUCUGCGUCAGGUGGGGCAGAGCCACCCCACCCCAGGGGGAGCACAAGAAGGUCCAUCACCUCUUGGCACUCUGUCAUGUGGUGGGAGCAUGCCCACUGCUAGUACCCCAAGCACCGCUCUGGGCAGCUGGCCAGCUCUGCCAGGGCUCCACUUCGGGUGUCUCGCACCCCUGUGGCAAUAGGAGGGAGCACAUGGAGGCUGCAGUUGUACUCGGCAGCUGUGCAGAAGGAUGGGGAGGGGGGGAAUUCCUGGUGGGAGCAACAAGAUUAACAUUUCCAAAGGCACCUAGGUGGUCUGGAUGCCCUAGUCAUUUUAAGUAAUUGGGCCCUCAUAUUCCCUAGGCAGCUUUGAAGAUCUCAGCCUAGAGGUGAUUAGCUGAGACCUCCAGUCAGUGAAAGGGAUUUCUCCUUGUCCCUCAGGAACUCACCCAUGUAAUGAGUUAUGCACGAGCCUGGAGGGAAGAGCAGCCUCCUGCUAGUACAGAUGGGUAGAAGAGCAGUGCCUCGCUCCAGAUGGGUUUCCUUUAGCAAACGCUGUCUCGCUCUUGUCUUGUCUUUGCCCUGCAAUGCUCUUUCCCCCUGUUAAAAAUGAACAAACCUCGGCUUCCAGUGGUCAUCCCGGCUUGUAGCCCAGUAUCCCAGAAGCCGCUGUGUUCAGGAGAGGUCAGAAGGGCUGAUUCAGCCCCUAUUGUAAUAGAAUACUCUCUUCUUCCUUUUUGGAGGGAAUGGGGAGUGGAAAUUACUUCCUGAAACCUAAACCCUCCAGUUAGGUACAAAGCACAUUUCAGGGAGAUACCAAACCUGCCUGGGAAGCCCCCGGGGCUGGACCAGCCAAGGUCACCAGGACACGAUGGGAUUUGUGAAAAACCCAGGGGUGGAAGGUAAAGAAGCUUCCUCCUCCUCCAGAAUUUAGGGGAUGCUGGGGGAUGGGCAAAUGUUGAGGCUCAGAAAAUGUUUUAAUCCUUUCGGUCUUGCUCAUCCACUGCUCUCGCUGGGAUGAUUUUACUGGAGGCAGCGAGAGCAGGAUGUGGCUGGCAACAGGGCUGAGGUGCUGUGGAGGUGUCGAAUCUCAGAAGUAGUUUCUCCUCUUUAUCUGGACAUGAGUUUCAGCCCGAGGGCCUUUCUGCUCUGGGGGCAGAGCCAUGCCAGCUACAGCCAGUGCCUUGCAGCUGCACAGUUGUUCAGUAGCCAGUGCAGUUCAGCUCCCACAGCAUUUGUCAAGGUCACAGGCUCAGCAGCCGAUGCUCAGGAGCUCCACGCUGCAUCCACAUCAGGCUCUCGCCAUGCAGUGUGGUGGUGCUUUUCAGAGAGACACCAUCCGUACCAUGUCAGGGUUUGGAGCUGGGGAGCCUCCGACAUUCCCUGCUAUCACCUUGGGCCACUUCAUGCGGUCCCUUCUCAGGCCAAACUCUUGCAAGUUGAUGGGAGUGGGUGCACCUUUGUUCCACCCAGGGCUUUAUGUCUCCGAGACAGCAGCCAGUCCUAAUGUCCUGGGCAGUGUGGGGAGGGAGGAGGUGAAGGGAAGUCCUUCCAUCUCUCACACACAUUGCUUCUAUUCUGGGCUGCUUCUUUCUUUUACUAUUACCCUCCCGCCCACAGAGAUGCCCUCACCAGUGAGUUA